AAGACAUUUAUGGCCUACUUUUAAAAUUAUUUGACAGAUUUGGCCUCAGAAACGAUUUUGCUGUUAUAAUUGACGGUCAACCAUUUUUUCCGUUAGUGACUCAACAUUCACUGCUGACUAGACUCGUCCACCUCAUUUGAAAAUUAAAACAUAAAAAUAAAAUAAAUUAAACUUUGAAAAAAGCCCCCAUUCAUUUGCCGCAAACGACCCUCCAUCUUCCUCCGAUAUUUCCCCUUCCAUCGCAAGUCCGCCACCGCAACAAUCCGCCCUUUACUUCUUCCCCAUCGCACUUGUUUCACCCUCGUCCACCAAUCCAUCUUUCUCCAUUGAGGGAGACGCCGUACUUUUCGAUUUUGAUCGGUGGUGGCUGCUUUAAGGGGGAUAAAAAAAAGUUCCUAAAAUUCCAAUCUCAAGCAAAAAGGGAUUGUGGCGGCAGGAGUCAAGAUGGUGGUGGUUGGUGACGACGACUACGACGCCACGAUGCUACCCAAUCGAGAUUUAUUUCUCUCUCCUCACCCUCCGUCAUCGUCUCAUCGUAAACCCAUCCUCUGCUUCUUUCUUCCUCGCCACCACCUCCCCGUCGGCGGUUGGGAUCUCUGGUCAGCAUCGGAAGGGAAGGACCAGGAAGCAACUAGAGGCGUCGCUCUAGGCCAAAACAUCGGAGAUGGCGUCGGGGACGGGUUCCAAAUCUCCGGACUCCAAUUGGAUUUUGCGAUUUUGCGUUGGAUUUUUCAGAUCUGCCAUCUUCGAACCAGAAAACAGAGCAUUUACUAGAGUGGUAGCCGAUUGACGUGCUAUGUGAAAUGUCUUUGAUGGUGUUUGGGUGAGCGGCCGAGCGGUGGCCAUUUUCAGAGGAAGAAGAAGAAAAAGAAAAUUGGAGAGAGACCGGCGGGUGGGGAUUUUGUUGGGGGUCUGCAAUCUUUACUCUAGUCUGUAGAAACGUAGAGAAAGGGAUGAGAUAUGAGUUAGGCUUUUUUUAUGGAAUAAAAGGAGGAAAGAGAA